CAUUCACUAGGCAAGCGGUGAAACAAUCAAACGUGUCUUGACGAAUGCGAACGCCUGUUCACGCCGCGCCUGCAACCCCAGCUCCUCCUGGCCUACCCCAUGUUCCUCCUUGACUUCACUGGGCGGCUCGAAGAAAUGCAACCAAGCAAUGCUCACGACUGGCACUCCGCUCCGUAAUUGGGCUCUCUUCCUGCUGCUAUGCAGCGCACCCGCGUCCACCCUCGCUGAGGCAGCGAAUGAGGCGCCUACCGUUGAAUCGAGCGCUACUGCACACUCAGGUGCCACGACGCAGCAUACCUCUACCCCCGCGCCUUCGCCCACAUCCUCGUCGUCGCCUUCACCGUCGUCCGUUCGGAGAUACACCAAGAGUCAAAGCACGUGUCCGUACCGCACCAUAAACUACAUCACGCAUACACUCCCGCAGCAAUGCGCAAAGACGAGCUGGUCAGCGCCCCCCGAGGCAGGCGCGACUAAUGGCACGGGCGCCGAGGAAGGAGCUCUAGCUGGUCUACAGACUCCAAUACCUGGUUUAGAUGGAGGACUAGAGGGCAUUGCGGGAGGAGACAAAAGCACAACCCCAGCAGUAGCGCCCCAGGCUGAUCCGACUGGCGCAAGCUCAACUGCAUCUAGCAGCGACACAGCAGGCACAGAGCCGGAGCUUGACUUGGAGGCGGACUCGCCAUUCGACAACGCCAAUUUCCUCUCCUUUGACGAGUGGAAGAAGAGGAACCUGGCCAAGGUCGGUCAGUCACCGGAAAAUGUUGGACAAGGACGGGCAGCAGGCACAGACCAAGCCGCACGGCGACGACCCGUCAACGUCAACGCCCUGGACUCACUCGGCGACGAGGGUGAGAUCUCUAUCGACUUUAGUGGCUUUGGCUCCCCGGACGAUGAGAACGUAGCGAACAACUUCCAGCAUGGCAAACAAAGCGCGGAUGCUUCAAAAGCUGCUGGCGGAGAGGGCAAGGUUGCACCAAGCUCAUGGGCUCUCAGCAAAGACGCAGGCAAGACGUGCAAGGAGCGCUUCAACUACGCCUCAUUCGACUGUGCUGCUACCGUGUUGAAGACGAACAAGCAGGCGAAGAGCUCGUCUUCCAUCUUGGUAGAAAACAAGGACAGCUACAUGCUGAACAUAUGUUCCGCAGACAACAAGUUCCUCAUAGUAGAGCUCUGUGACGACAUUCUCGUGGACACCAUCGUUCUCGCUAACUACGAGUUCUUCUCCUCCAUGUUCCGUCAUUUCAGGGUGAGCGUGUCAGAUCGCUAUCCCGUGAAGAUGGAAAAGUGGCGCACGCUGGGCACGUUCGAGGCACGGAAUUCGAGAGACAUUCAGCCUUUUCUCAUUACUGAGCCGCAGAUCUGGGCAAGAUAUCUGCGUGUGGAGUUUUUGACUCAGUUUGGCAACGAGUACUAUUGUCCGCUUAGCGUUUUGCGUGCAAGAGGAGGAGCGAGGGGUAUCGAAGAUGAUGAGAAUCUGGAGGCUGAGGGUGUUGAGGUUAAGAAGGCGGCUGAGGAUAGUGGGCCCCUGCCGCCAGAGGAGAUACCGAUCGAAGCGGUAAAGGAUCUCAGCACAAGUUCAGAUGCCUCAGCGGCUAACGAAGUUGCUCAACGAGAUGUCUCGCCGGAGGUCAAGACUGAGUCGCCUCACAUGGCAGAGCCAGUGGUGGAUAAGCCCCAGCAUCAGCCUGUAUCAAACUUGACGUCUAUCUCAUCUUCGUCGAACAGUACAGCCAGCGGGGAGACAAAAUCGUCCGCCGCCCCUUCGCCAAGCCCGACAGAUGCCACUCCGCAAGUUCAGAGUCCUACAUCUGACGCCUCUGCGAUCAACUCUUCGAGUUCCAUGUCUCGAGUCGACAGCUCCUCUUCGAGCGUUCCAUCAGCCAAAGCAUCAAACAACAGCACCGUCGCAAGUCCACCAUCGCAAGGACGAGGGUCGUCUACACAGCCAAACGCGCCUGCACCCUCAACGCAAGAAUCAUUCUUCAACACGCUUUCACUACAAUAUAUCGAAGAACAGUCCCGCGCUCUCCGAGAUGCGUUUGUGAAAGUGGAAAAGAGGCAACUGGCAAAGACAGAGAAGUUCUUGGACCAUCUUAACAGUACCGUCAUGCUGGAGCUGAAGAGCUUCCGCAACAUGUACGAUCAGCUAUGGCAGAGCACAGUCAUCGAGAUAGAGAGCAUGAAAGAGCGCCAGCAUCUAAUGGCGGAUGAACUCGUCUGGCAGAAGAGAAUGGCCGUUGUGCAAUCCACCCUUCUACUUCUCUGCCUGGGUCUGGUUCUCUUCGCAGCAAUCCACCAGUACCUCAGAUACCGCAUGGCGCGACAACGCCGUACUUUCCGCAACAUGUGGAAGAGCGAUGCGUCUGCCCACCUCAGCGACCCCACAAACGACAGCGAUGGUGGUGGUCAACACAAUCUUCCGGUGCAGAUAGAGUAUAGUCCGCCUACACCUACAACGCCUACCAUACAUUCCGCCAUACAUAGAAACGGCGACCAUCGAGACGAAGACAUAUCAGGUCCACCUAUGCGCGUAAACGGCCUUCACAACAACCACGACAACCCAGAACACGAUGAUAGAAAAAAAAUAUUCCAACACCACACACCUUCGUCGGCAUAUCGAACGCAGAAGACCAAGCCGCCCGAAUCCAAUCCUAGAAAGAACAACACAGGCGGAGGAGGCGGGCAGGGCAGCAGUGCACAAGGGCGGGGAAGGUGGAAGAGUUGGUUGUCGUCGCGGGGUUCGCUGGAUUCGCCGCGCUCAUCAGGUUCGAUAGACAGUCCAGGUCCGGGGAAGAAGAGGAAGAAAAAGGGUGGGGGCAAUGGGAACGCGCAUGGUGGUGGAGGGGAAGAAGAAGAGGAGUCCGCGCUGAGGAGGAGUCAUAGUAACUUUGACGGGGGCGGGGGGAGUGGGGAGUGACGCAUCUUUCACGUGAAGGGUGCGCGAUGGUCUUUGGGUUUCAACAAGAGCGAAUGGGCGUUGCAUCUUCGGCGUAUUGGGACAACGGGUCUUGAUUACGACGCUUCACUUUGAAGCAGAGGUUCAGGUGGCGUAUAUAGUCGUUAUUGAAUAUGCAUAGCACUGCAUACCAUCGCACACUUA